AAGGUGAAUCACCAGCUAAGCGGCGGUGUGAAGCAUAAGAAGUAAUGAUACUCUCUGAAGUUAAGACACUAAUGAGAAGUGUCUACAUAAGUCUGCACAACCCAGACAACACAAAGCUCAAUGCUUUCCUGAAGACUAAAAUCAUGGAUUUGGAGACAGAUAAGAGGGAGCUGGUUGGUGUCUUUGGCAGAACUGGAGCAGGAAAGAGUUCUUUGAUAAAUGCUGUCAUUGGGGAGAAGAAACUUUUGCCCACUGGAAGUGUCUGUGCAUGCACUUCAGUCAUGAUUAAAGUAGAGGCUAACAGGCACAACCACAAGUAUGAGGCGGGUAUUGAGUUCAUUACAGCAGAGGAGUGGAAAGAUGAAUUGUGGUCAAUGAAUCAGCUCCGCAGGGAUAAUCCAGAUAGUGAAACGGAGGGUGAUGAUGAUAAUGAUCUUCGUGACAUUGUUGACAAGCUGUCAGCCCUUUAUGGAGACGAGUGGAAAGAGAAAACACCUAAAAACCUCAUGGACAACAAAUACUUCAGAGAAAUUCCAGAAUUCUUCAAGCCCAAGAAGAAGACCUUGUCAUGUGACUCAGUAAGACCCUCAGCAGACGCUUUUCGCACUCACAUAUUCAAGAGAAACAUAAAAGCCAAAGAGGCAGUGUUACAGGAAUUCAACAGGCUCCACACAAUUAAGAAACACUUUGGUGGCGACAGUUUCAAAGUGUUCACGGUGAGCUCCAAAGAGUUUCUGAAAAAAAAACAUCUAAAGCAACACGAAACUGAAAUGCCCAAACUACAGGACUUUCUGAAAAAUCUCAAUGACUGUCACUCGGAGACAUUAAACUAUGUGUCUGGAGCUCAUGGGAUUCUCUCCUUGAUUCAAGGGGCCAGAUGUGGAGACGCUGACGGGCAGAAAACUGAUGUUUGUGAACAACAUGAAAACAAGAUAAAACAUCAACUUGGCCCAGUUCAAAAAGCAAUGAUUAAAGCUUACAGAGCUUUUGAAACGUGCCUCUGUGAAGGAGUGGAAACCUCAAAAUGUUCAUGUGAAAAAAGCUUGAAGUGCAUUAAUCCAAGAAAGACUGGCAGAGGAUUAAAUAGGACACGGAAGUGUGUGGUCAACAAAGGUGGCAUUUAUCAGCCCAAAAAAGGAAAAGAAAUUAAUGUAAACAUGGAGUUAGCAUCAUUCCUGACUGACAGCAUCGAUGAGGAAUUCAGGAAGACAUUCCCAAAUGACGGAAAAGACGGGCCAUUCUUUGGUGUCAUCAAUAAAUUUUCAUUGGACACAGAGGGACUGAUUCAGGAGUACGAUGGUGUCAAACUGCAGCUCAUCUUUCUGAAGACAGAGGAAGAAAAAAUCAAGAAAAAGCUGAAAAGAGAAAUCCGCGACCGCAAGAAAAAGAUCUACAACAGUCUGACGGAGACCAUUGCAAACAAUAUGCAAGCCUGCUACAAGAGAGCAGCAGAAUUUAGAGGAAAGGGCUCGAUACAAAACAUGAAGAGCACGAUUGGAAAACAUGUGUCUGAGUCUAAGAACAUCAUGUUUGACCAGGCUAAGCAAGUUAUGUUGAAGAAGCUCAAAGACUUGGUGGACGAUUUCGAUGGCAUUAUAACCAAAGUGCAGGCAGUAAAGAAUGAGAUCUCUAGCUGCACAGCCACAAUGCGCACCAACAUUGAUGUGGUGAAAGGAGGUGGGGGGCAGGCUAUCAAUGUGGAACGAUGA